AUGACAUCAAUUGAAGUUAAAUCCAGGUCCAAAUCCAUCAAGUCGUAUUCCAGCAACGAAUUGACGACAGAUUCACUAGUGGAAGAGUUGAUUGACGAACUCAGUGCCGAUAAUCACGUCUCGAAGCACAGGCUCAGGUUGACUAGGUUGGACAAUGGCAAGCAGAUCCCCUUAGUGGCCCAUCAGACUUUUGCCCAGAACGGUAUCCCGAAAGGCGACGAGAACAUCCAGUUGUACGUCAAGGAUUUAGGGCCUCAGAUCUCGUGGAGAACGGUGUUUUUGGUUGAGUAUUUCGGCCCGUUUAUUUUCCACCCUUUUUUCUUUUUCGUGCAAUCGGUGUAUGGAGUGAAAAGCUUCAGCCACACCAACGUGCAAAUCGCGGCGUAUCUUCUUGUCUUGUUGCAUUUCGCCAAGCGUGAGUAUGAGACUUUGUACGUCCACAAGUUCUCCAACGCAACCAUGCCCGUGUUCAACAUCUUCAAAAACUCGACUCAUUACUGGUUGUUGUCGGGGUUCAACUUGGCCUACUUUGUUUACGCGCCAGAGAAGGGCUCGUAUGAGAAUGGAGUCGCGAAAUACAUUUUCCACGUCAACUCCUUGCCUCAGUGGGCGGUCUAUACCCUCGUUGGAGUUUGGGCUUUUGCAGAGUUGUCAAACUACAAGACUCAUUUGAUUCUCUCUAGUUUGAGGGAGCAAGAUGCGAAGAAAUACGUCAUUCCUCAUGGUUAUGGCUUCGACUGGGUCUCGUGUCCAAAUUACUUUUUCGAGUCCUUGUCGUGGUUAGCCUAUGCUUUGCUCGUGGGCAAUUGGUCUGCAUGGGUGUUUUUCGCAGUGAGCACGGGACAAAUGUGGCUCUGGGCCGUGAAAAAACACAAGAGAUAUUUGAAAACUUUUGGAGACGACUACAAGAAAUUGAAGAGAAAGGUCUUUGUUCCGUUUGUAAUUUGA